AGCUUCGAGGUUAGUGUCAAACGGGAGAUCGCUCGAAGCGCAUCUCCGAUGGACUCAAGGUCGUCGGGUUGGAUCCCCAGCAGAUGGUGACACGGUGACACGGUGACGGUGACGGUGACGGUGACUCGUGACGCUACUGUUACAGUGGACAUGCGACGUCUUUGCGCUUGCCAACGUGCAGAUCUUCACUACCUAUAAGGACAACCUAAGGACGCGCGCGAUUGCCGAGUGAAUGAGCGGCUACGAAGUGACUGCAAGAGAAAGAGAAAGUGUAGAUAAGGAAGAUCGAUCUCUCGUGUCCCCGAGUCCAGCGAGCUUGUCCAAAAGAUUCGGCAGAGUUCGCCUGGAUUGGGAAAGCUCGAGCCUCCGCGAAGCGAGUGAUCCGCUCGCACCUGCUGGAUUGCUAAGAUGCAUUGGCGCGUCAUUCUAACGUGUCUCUUGAUCGUACUUGCGAACGGCCAGUUAUCGGGAUUUGAGAAAAUAAAAUCAUACGCAAGGUUUCUCAGCCUGAAAAAUUUCAAGGGAUACGAUGCGAGCCACGGAAACGAACUCUGGCGCGGAUUACUCCGCGAUUGCGCCAACCAAUCGUCUUUCUCCUGCAUUCAGAAAAACGUUUAUUCCUACUUGGAUGACACCUUCGAGGAUCGGGACAAUAUGACCGUCUUCGGUGGCCUCGUUCUCACAAGGAACAACCUCGACUACGAGGCUUGCGCCAAUUCCGCGAAAAGUCUGCCCGACGAUGACGCACUCAGUGAGAACCUCGUGGAAGAGAAGCACGAGGCACGGGAGGAAGGACGAAGCUUUGCGGAGGAAGAGGGAGGGAGGGCUUCGGAGGUCGAGGCCGAGGACGAACCGGCAUCGCCUCUCGAAGAGGUUACGAGCGCUCUUCGAGGGAAGGCUAUAAAAUUCCUAGCGACUAGAGAUUACGAGAUACAGCUGCCGGAAUUCUUCUUCGAAGGGUCAACCGUCAAAAUAAGUCCACGAGAGGUCGACGAGAGCGGCGCUUUGGUCAGAUUGGACUUUGGACAACGGGGACUUUCGAACGAGCCUCGAAUUUUCAAGAAAAUAAAAAAGUUUAUUCAAAAUAAGCUCUUAAUGAGCUUCCUGGCUCUGCUGCUCAUUAUCAAACUGAUCAAGGUCAAGUUCAUGUUCAUUAUUCCAUUUCUCUUUGGAAUUGGAACGGCGAAGAAGCUCUUUUUGAAGCUGCUGCUCUUCUUCAUUCCUGCAUUUGCACACAUCUUCAAGCUGUGCUCAAGUUAUUAUACGGUUCAGGGUACCAAGUACCACCAUCAUCACCAUCAGAUCGCGCAUCAUCACCAUCACGUUCCAGUCCCGGUUCCUGUGCCAGCUUACCACAAUCAUCACGACCACCCUUAUCACGAGGAAGACUUCGAUGGUUACGACUACGCUCAUCCCCACAUACAGUAUAGGAAAGAUAUGGAAGAACUCAAGGAGUGGGGUAUAGAACCCUACGAGGAUCCGUACGAGGAGACUCCUGGGCAGCAGCAUCAUCCGCCCGGUGUGCUGCCGGCUCCAGUUCCAGUUCCGGGACGUGCACCGGGACACGAUUCAAGCCACGGUGCCGUCCCCAAUCCAUGGUCGAGUUCCUUGCGCGGAAGUUCGGCGUCCGCGUACUCCGCGUCCACCUACGGAAUUGGCCAGUACGCGGCUAACGCGAAACCAGUGCGUUUUUCUGUCUAUCCGACAGAUAAGAACUUACCCGCAGGAGUGCAGGCCCAAAAUUUGGCUUAUGCCGGAUACGCUCCAGAUUCAAGGCUCGACAUUGCCCGUCGUGUCGUGAUGCAACAACUGCGCACUGCCGGCUCUCCCUCUCCUGGAGUCGCUCCGACUAUUUCGAAUCCGAUUUUCCUUCAGUCGACUCCCUCUAGCAUGAACACGCCCUUUGCCGAGGCUCAUCUUCGUCCAAACAGCUAUCAGAGCCCGGUACACUCUCAGAAUGCGGCCCACGUCCAAUCGGUCCCUCAGUCCAUUCCGCAGCAACAGCAACAACAUUUUGCGCCACCUGCUGGGCUUCGAGCCGAUCAGCAUCGAAAUGCCGCUCAGAGACGAGCAGAAGGCGUUCUGUCUUCUUCGUCAUCUAGAAGCAACGGAUCGACAACGUACGACGAUGAGUUCUACGGAGGAAUUCUCGGAAGACUCGACGAGACUUUCAGGCAAUUGAAGUUCGUCGACGAAGGGUGCAGGGAGAGGCUGGUCUGCAGUAUGUACAGAAAUCCGAGUCUCUACUCGCCGCACAGCAACUUGGUGUCAAACGAACUCUCGAGGAAUCCCGAAGAACUGAAGCGUGGAGUCGAGAGCAGCUCCUCGGGCCAGAGAUUCAUGCGGUACCUUGCGGCAGCGCGAUUCGGACAAGACGGCGGCGAUUGUUCCGCCUCCUAUCCGUGUCACAUUGGCAGCGCACAAUAGUGCUGCGCUCCUUCGUUUCGUCGCUUUGCCAUUCAUGACUCCUUGUUCGUGACCUCGUGCCUCCUUCUCCUGGUUCGACUACUCUACAUUCGGCUACUCCCGUUUUAGACCGACAAGACGCAUGUGACGACGGGCACAGGACACGCACGGGCCACGAGCCACGAGCCACGAGCCACGAGUGAGCAAGGCACAAGAUGCCUCCUCGGUAUCGGUGCGGGAAUCGUAUCUCCUGCCGGCAAUCGCACCGACGUGUAGAUCUUCUAGAGAUACAUCUUCAAAUUGAACUGAAUCCAGGAUUCUGCCUACCGACGAGAUGUCAGAUUCUGUAUUUUUAAAUGUUCGGGUGCCAUGCCCAAAAUCUCCAUUUAAGCUCCUUAGUAAUAAUGCAACUGCUGAUUGAUUCACUUAUAAUGAAACGAAAAUACAAUGGGAGGUCAAUCUGCAUAUUACAGAUGUGCUCAAAAAUUAUCAACUGUACAUUACGUUUUAAUCUGCAAUGCCAUGUAUAAUAAAUUAAUUUAUUUCAAGCUCUUUCUGUAUGACUUAAUGAUCUCCAGAAAAUCUAUCCUAAUUUCGAAUUCUCAAUAUCUUUUACAUGGCACGAAAUAGUAAAUUAAAAGUAUAAUGAGUGCUAGAAAAUAAAUAUUUUUUCAAUUAUUAUAACGUUAAGGACUUAGUUAUUUAAUAAUAAUAAUGUUUCUGUUUCGGUAAAUAACAUGUACAUAUGUGGUUCGUUACAACAAAAUUUCCUACUUAAGGUAUUAUCUCUGAUUGUGACACAAGCCGUGGGACAGAGAUCCGUCAUUGCAAAAAGUUUCAUGUCACAUACUGUAAAACUAAUGCAGUAAAAAAUGAUGAAGAAAUUACAAGAUUUUCAAUUGAAA